UGGACAAUGCUAUCAAACGAACAGUAAGUGAAAUCAUGCGGUAGAAAAUUUUACCUAAUGGGCUCGAUCACUCACAUGCAGUAUAUCAGUGUCCAGAGUGUGGUUUAUCGUUUCAAAAGGAAGCUGGAUGUAAUAAGAUGACUUGUAACUGUGGACAUAUGAUGUGUUAUGUAUGCCGAAAGGACGUUCGUCGAGAACAAUAUACCCACUUUUGUCAACAUCCACGCGAUCCCGGUUCUCUCGGUUGCGAUCAGUGUAACAAAUGUGAUUUAUGGCAAACAGAACGUGAUGAUGCAGUAGCCAAACGAGCUGGAGAAAAAGCAAGACGCGACUAUCUGCAAGCUCAUCCGGAGCUGCAACAUGCUGCAGAAGAUCUACCGCAAGGGAUCGGCAACGACAUCGUAGGCAAUUUGGUUAAAAUGCGGAAAUGGUUCCAUCGCACAAGAAUUACGCUACUUCGAUACAUCCUCAAUAAGCUGGUCUAAACGUUCAUUGUAUUUUCGUCUUUCGGUCUCAUUAGCACAUAGCAUAUCGACAUUGCAAAUUCAUAUUCACUGACGAGAAGCAAAUGAACAAAUUGUAAAUACAAAUGGUUGUACUACAACGCUUUAUCGAGUACUGUGAACCAGUUAAGCGGCGCAUGUUCCUCUUCUUCACUGGGUCCACUAUUUACGAG